GUUUCUUGAUCUGUUUGUUUUUUCUGGACAAUUUUGAAUUUUAAUUUAUUCAGAGUUUUUUCCUUUCCUUUUUCUCUUUUAUGACGAGGUCGAAAAUGAAUCCAAGUUCCACUACUGCUAAAAUUUGUUGAGGCAGUGCAAGUUUGUCUGUUUUUAUGUCCUUUUUUUUCUUUAUAGUUCUCUCUGAGAUUAUAUUCAUGGAGAGUGCAUAUAUAUGUUCCAUAGUAUGUGGAUGAUAUAUCCUUUUUCAAAGAUAAAAGUUUAAUCCGUUCUUGAAAGAUGAAAGCACUGCACUUUUUAUUUCUUCACCUUUUUGCUUAUGUUAUUUGUGAUAAAGGAAUGGAAAAAGGGUUUUCAAGAGAUUGGAAUUGUGAAUCCCAUGGAGCAGAUGGUGUCUAAUACAUGCAAUCGGGGUAUGGUAGAGAGAAGGGUAAGACCCCAAGAGCAAUUGAAUUGUCCAAGAUGUAACUCAACCAACACCAAGUUCUGCUACUACAACAAUUACAGUCUCACACAACCAAGAUACUUCUGCAAGACUUGCAGGAGGUACUGGACUGAAGGAGGCUCUCUCAGAAAUGUUCCUGUUGGAGGUGGUUCAAGGAAGAACAAGAGGUCUAUAGCAUCAUCUGGAUCAUCAUCAUCAUCGUCAUCAGCAACAACAACAACAUCAGCUCUAUCAGCUUUAACUAGACUCCCAGAUCUAAACCCACCAAGUCUCUCACAGUUUUCAACUCAUCAAAAUCCCAAAACCCAAAAAGGCCAAGACCUUAAUCUCUCUUUCCCAGAGGGUCAUCAUGGUGGGUCUCAAUAUCUUCAAAUGCCUAGAAUUGAAAGCAACAAACAGCAACAAAAUUCCUCCUCUUCUUCCUCUUCUUCUUACACUUCGUCUCCUCUUUCAGCUCUCGAAUUGCUGGGGUCAGCUGGAAGGAAUAUCAACACCAGUACUAUGAACGCUUUCAUUCCACAGUCCAUGCCGGAUUCAAACUCACUCUUCCCUGCUGGGUUUCCAUUGCAAGACUAUAAACCAACCAUUAGUUUUUCCAUUGACGGGCUUGGAAACAGACCUUCAAAUAUCCAAGGGGUUCAAGAGAAUCAUGGAGGCAACAGGUUUUUCUUUCCUUUUGGGGAAAUGAAGCAGCUCCCAAACGGUACAGCUGAUCAAGUUGAGCAGCAAAACAAGGGGCAAGGUCCUUCAGUCGGGUACUGGAAUGGGAUGAUGGGUGGAGGAUCUUGGUAAAUAAAGAAUUAAUGGUGAAGGAAAAAGGAGAGAGCACAUGAAAUUGGAACCACUCUAAUUUUCUGCUUUUUAGAGUUCUUUUGUCCACGACUAACAGAUGAUAGGAUAUCACAGUAUGUUUCUUUGUUUUCCUACUAUAUAUUCUUCUUCUUAUUUUGAAUCUUUUGCAGAAUGUAAACAGCUUUUGAAGAGGCUAUUUUGGGUUAGCUUCCACAUGGGCUUUAAAUUUCUUAUGUUAGAUACUUGUGUGUUUAUAUAGCUAGAUAGAAGAAAAUGUGAAUAUGAGGCUGUGUUUGAUGGCAAAAAUGGCCUGUAUUCAUAAAUUCUUCUGUCAGAAUUAUUAGGUUUCUCCUUCUCCAGUGCUUGUAUGUUGAUUUCUAAAGAUAAUAUUGCAUGAGAAAUGAAAUUUGGAACACCUGA